AUGUUUCGUCAUACGUUGUCAGUUGAUCCAAGUGAGCAGUUAUCGCAGGACUUUGCUGACCCAGUGACGGAUUCUGGGUACGAGUCAGAUGAGGAGGCAGCAGCAGCCGCCACCGCUUCCCUCAGCGGGGAGGAAGCCGCUCUCUGGAACCUCGUGGACCCUCAGCAACGCUUGAUCUUUGUGUUGGACGGACCGGCCGCGCAAACGUUGCGUGUAAAGCGUACGGGGAACCUGGAGCGGCAGGUCGUCAACAUUCACAGGCUGCCACUCGAACGAGCUCCGACGGUGGCCACUUCCUUGCUGGCAGCGACACGCCCGCAGCACCUGGUGGUUGCCUUGCGAACCAUCGAACCGCACCAAGCAGCAGCGAUUUUGACGAGUACGUCGUAUCCAUCACUAUCAAACGUGGAAAACGCUUCGCAAGUCUUGGUCCUGGCGAAUGACCUCGUGCAGAUCGAUGACCCGUUGCUUCGCCCUCUGUGGAGUGAUGAGGGCACGCAGCAGAACCGUAUCCAGCUACGCUGGGUAGAGACUGGUUGCAUUGGUGGAAUCACAGCUGCACUGCUAGCAGCAGGUUGUUGGCUGCGGAUACCGGUGCUGGCACUCCUCGCAGUCGAGGAUGACGACGGACCUAGUCCGGCGACGCUGGAAGCGUUGCUGCUGGCUGCUGAACGUUUUGGUUGCUUCACCAGGGCGGACUGGGAAAUUAGGAUGCCCAAUCUUCGCCAGUUACUCGCGAAGCGUCAGCUGUUGUAUAUUUAG